UGUGUAUAUCUCACGCAGUCUGGUACCACAGAUUGUUGGUCGACAAUGACAUAUUAAACUGGACUUAACUUUUACCCUUGAAUCCAUACCCGAGGAAUAGCCAUGGGUUCGUGCACGGAGAGAGAAACUCAGACAGACAGAAGUAAACACAGGAAAGACAAUGGAAAACUAUCAAAAGACAAAAAUGAGAAAUUGAAGACGUACACUACUUAUAUCACGAUGGCCGGUCAAGGUGGUGGAAGUAGCCCUCCUUUGACAACUCACAUACUGGACACGGCGCGUGGUCAGCCGGCACAGGGCGUGGCUAUGACUCUUUCCAAGCUUGACCAGAGUGGACAAUGGCAGACAGUCGAGACAGGGGUUACAAACACAGAUGGAAGAGGUGGGUUUUUCGGGAGUAGCGACAAAUGGACAAACGGCACUUACAAACUGUAUUUCGACACAGGAGCCUACUUCGCUAGUCUUCACACCAAGGGUUUCUACCCGUAUGUGGAGGUGGUGUUCUAUGUGGAAGAUCCCGGUCAACACUACCACGUACCUCUGUUACUUAGCCCGUACAGUUACUCCACCUAUAGAGGAAGUUAGAUGUCAUGGAAAGGGAAAGCUACUGGAAAUCCUAUAGUAUACACAUAUUCAUUAAUUGUUUUAGUCGGAUUUUAUUUUUAUUAUACUUGUUUAUAUACUUAUUACACAACAAUUAAAAAAAUGUGUAAUUGAAUUUAUUGUUAUCCAAGAAAAUGAUGAUAUAGAAGAGA